AUGAGCCCCCCGAGGGGCGGUGCUAGGACGCAGGCGGGGGAAUCUGCCGGCGGUCGCCCGGCAGACAUGGCCGCGGAGGCGCCCAGGCAGCACCACGCGGGCGAGGUGGAGCCCGAGGCUGGCGGGGCCGGCGGGACGCUGCCGAAGCGCAGGCGGAUCGGAACGCGCAAGGCCACGGCCGACGCCCAGAACGACGCGUUCGAGGGCGGCGCAGCGCCAGCACGACGGGAGCCGGAGAACGAGGCCGUGGCCGCUCUGUACGAUCUGGCGCAGAUCGCUGCGUCCGGCGCCGCGAUCAACACCCCCGUCAAGGAGCCCAAGGGACGGCGCGGGCGCGGAACCAAGGCCACCGCGGGCGCGUCUGCGUCGCAGCGCGCGGGGGCUUCCGUCCCCGUCAGCGCCAUCGGGCACCCCGUCGGCGUCCCGGCGUUGCCGGGCGCCGGCGUCCCUCCAGGGCCGCUGACCUACCUCGCCGCGCCAGGGAACGUCGUGCUCGCCCCAAUGGCCCUCCUGCCGGCCCCGCCCGCGACGGAGAACUCCGCGGCCAAGCGCCACGUCUACAUCGCCAAGUUCAUCGCGAGCCGGUCCCACAGCGGGCCCGGGGCCGCGCACAUGGCGUCCGUGCUCGGCGGCGGCGCCGGGAGCGUGCCGCCGGCGCCCCUGCUGCUCCCCGCCAAUGCUCCGGGGGCGCCGGCGACCGCGGCCGCGCUGGAUGCGAAGUCCGCGAGCCUGCCCGCGCCGAGCAUAGCGGUGCCUGCGAGGGCCGGCGUGGACGCGCCCGUUGCGGGCGACACGCCCACGGCCGCGGUGGGCGCUGGCGGUGGGAAGGGCGGCGGGGGAGGGAAGGGGGCGGCGGGGUGCGCGGCACGCGAGUGA